AUGUUCUUUUGGACAACAAUAUUUAACAGAUCUAGAUUACCAGAAGACUAUUCAUCUACCGCUAAGUCUUCAGCAUCGGUUAGCAGUAGCAAAGUUAAUACGCAUGCACCUGUCACUGCUGCGGUUAGUAGCAUGACCAAGGUGCAUAGCAAGUCAAAUGGUGUUUUCCCUACAGCCGCAAUGAAACAUGAAAAUCCACAUUCCGUACUUCUAAUGGAUGCGUUUAGUCCACCAACAGCAAACGAUGUUCAAGCUAGCAGCAGAAGACCUCUAUUACCACGUCAGCCACCAAUUGGUGGCACCGAUAGAGAUGAAAACAAAUACAAAAGACGUACACCAGCAGAAAUAUUUGCUCGCUGGUCAAGGCGUUUCUAUGCACCAUCAUCACGUCCGCCCUGGCGACGUACGUGGUUCUUAGUGCUCAGCGGUAUAACAGCAUUUAUUGUGAUCAUUUAUAUAAUGGCUGUACUUGGUCGCAGUGGUUCUGAUGAUGCAUUAGGCGAUGCUUGGAAUAAUCCAAAUCCUAAUCCUAAACAUUAUGAAUGAAUGGAAUGGAAAGACAAAAUUAUAUAUAAAUAAAAACGACAACUCGAUAUUGAUGUGGCAUUUAAUUUUUUAUUCAUUUGCCCAACCACUAAAACAAAAAAGGAAUUCUGAUGCUGUUUUUAAAACAAUAAAUCUAUGCAGCACGCAGUUACAGCGUUUAUAACGAAUUAUUUAUCAAAUUUUAUU